AUGAAGUCGCCCAAUCCCGAUAACAAGACCUCAACCAGAAUCCGAGAUGUAUUCACAAUCAUUCGGAAGAAGGGCGAAGUCGAUGACUUGGAGAAACGCAUAUCGAGACUGCGCGACCAGAUCAGUUUCCACGUCAUUCUCUCUAUCGUCCCAGUGCUAUCAUCUAGAGUCCAGUCACUGCAAGAUGACCAGGAUACGUCGAUGGCUGCCAUUCUGUUUCGAUUGGACGGUCUGCAUCGGAAUGCAGCGCGCCAAAACGUUGCUCCUCUUGUCGAUCAAACGAGCCUGAAUAGAAUGAUGGAUGACCUUCGGGAGAUUGCUACCAGAUCGGACAAACUUGAAAAAACACGGGAAGAACGGUCGAUACUCCAAAGCUUGCAAUUUGAGCAGAUGCGUAGCCGUGAAGAUGCGGUGAAGAAGUCACACGAAACUACCAUUGAGUGGAUAUGGGCUACGAAUUUCUUGGAAUGGAUGGAGACGGGCAACGGCAUCUUCUGGAUAGCGGGAAAACCUGGAUCGGGUAAAUCUACAAUUUCGGGCACCGCAAUGGAAAAAUCUAUGAAAGGCCUUCUCCAAACUCUUCUGUUCUCUAUCUUCAGUCAAUGUCCUGCAUUAGUACACGUCGCAUGCGCCUCUAAGCUGCGGGCAAGCGCGCAUGGUGUCAUCAGCCCCUGGACUCAGGACGAGUUAAAAGAUGUGUUUAGGUUGCUCCGGUCUCAACAAUCCAUAUCAGUGCGUUACCUUCUACUGGUCGACGGUCUGGACGAGUUCGGCGGACAGCAGAGAAACUUGCUUGAAUUCCUCGAGACACUGGCCACUUGUGCUAAUAUCAAAAUUUGUGUCUCGAGCAGGGCUGAAACUCCCUUCAUCCAGCAGUACGGUGAUGGAGCAUACAAUUUCUAUAUGCAAAACUUCACACGAGACGAUAUCCGCCAUUACGUUACAGAAAAGCUUAGAUCCAACGGGGAUUUUGAGCGUCUCUGCGGAAAGAAAGACCGAUCUGACGUACUAAUCUCAAAGAUACUCUCUGCUGCCGAAGGGGUCUGGCUUUGGGUCUAUCUUGUGAUUCAAUCAAUUUUGGAUGGCAUCACGAACGAUGAUUCGUAUCACGACUUGCAGUACCGCAUCGAAGAGCUACCCCAUGAUCUAGAGGAAUAUUUCCAAAAGAUGCUCUCCUCACUAGAUUCAAGGUACAAGAAGUUUACAGCCCGAGCAUUACUCGUGACGCUUGAAACAGAGUCAUUAAUUUCUUAUCAAUCGAGUUACCACAUUCUAGAGAUUGGUUUCCUCGAGGACGAAAUACAGGAUCCAGACUAUGCGCUUGCAUUCGACGCGGAGCUAGCACCCGCGGAGUCGUACUAUAACCUUUGCGAACGAGCAAAUAGAAGAAUAGCCACUUGCUGCAAGGGUUUCCUGGAGACAUCACACAAUGACGGAAACGAUCACGCAGAUCGCAUAGAAGAUGACCCGUUACACAAGACCAUUUGCCCAUUCAACACAGUUCAGUUGGUUCACAGAACUGCUGCAGAUUUUCUCAAGUCUAAGGAAAAGAUUGAGCAACUACAGGGCUGUGCUGGCCAUGGAUUUGACUCUUUGCUAGCCAUUGCGAAGUCGGCCUUCGCAGAGCAACUUGGUCCUUGA